GUCACUUCCGGUGGCGGAACCCACUGCCGGGAUGGAAAAGUUGAGGGUCGAAGUUUUCGCCGGGGUUGAGUGAAGGGGCCGCCGCCGGAGUGCAGAAUGGAAUUUCUUUUACUGCGUUUUGGAUGAUUGCAGUGAAAUCUGUCUUACUGCCUGAGCUAGAAACGUGUGCCGCGGGCCUGUGACACACUGCAAAGUAAGCAAAAUGAGCACUUGUCGUUGGUGCACACCUCAAGGCAAGACAAAGCUUCAGUUUCUACAUCUCUACAGUUCUGAGGAGCUCCCUCCACAGGAAUUUCAAGCUGCCAACGAAGAUCUUUGUUUUUGCCUGGAAUGUGUGGUGGACUAUCACCAAGCACGUGAACAACUUCCGUCAGUACACAAGAAUUUGUGGAAACUAGAGACAAAACGUCUGAUCGAGCAAUUUGAAAAUGCCCUGAAAGAAGAACAGGAGGAAGAUGAUGAGUUGUUUCUAAUCGAGGAUGAGCAAGAAAUUCAACUGCAUGGAUACACAGGACCAGACUUUGAGAACAACCUAAGGGUACCCAUUCUGGAAAUUCUGAAAUAUCCUUACCUACUGCUUCAUGAACGGCUGAGUGAGUUAUGUGUUGAGGCCCUCUGUAAAAUGGAGCAGGUGAAUUUUUCCUUUCAGACAUUUGAAAAGUAUCCUGGUAUCUAUCUGCUUCUAGUACAUCCAAAUGAAACAAUCAGAAGAUGGGCAAUCCUUGCUGCUAAAUCUCUUGGAAAGGUGGAACGAGAUGAUUUCUAUGACUUGCAGGAAGUGAUUACUUGUCUACUAAAGGUCAUUGAACUGGAUCUUUUUGAAAAUACAGAUUUCUAUAACAGUUCUGGAAUUGAAGAGGGAAAAUUGAUUCUUUUACCACCCCAUCUUUAUGAAGUUACCAACCACAAGACCUACUGGCUUGGUAUCUGCAUGCUGUUGAUGGUAUUGGAUGAACAAGCUAUGGACUCAUUACUACUUGCCCAAGAUAAACAGAAUGACUUCAUGAAGUCAAUUCUAAACACCAUGAUGAAAAGUAAGCCAGAUGAUGAUUCUGAUCCAUUUUGGCCAGCUCUGCAGUGCUUCAUGGUAAUUCUUGAUCGACUUGGAUCGAAAGUCUGGGGCCAACUCAUUGACCCCACAGAGGCAUUCCAGGCCAUUAUUGGUAGCCAGAGUUACAACAAUGAGAUAGAAAAAAUUCGUAAUACCAGAACUAACACAAAGGUAAAGUGCGAUGACGAUGACAACAUGGUUUCGUGCAGCCAGAUUGUGUAUGACUACAACUCGAAAAGGGAAAGCAAGGAUCUGGGUUGGAAGAAUGCUAUCUGCCCAGAUUACUACCCGAACAUGUACGAUGAAAUGCAAACUCUGGUGAAUGUGCUACAAUGUGAUAUUGGGCAAGACAUGCGUGUACACAACAGUACCUUUCUGUGGUUCAUCCCAUUUGUUAACUCUGUCAUGGACCUAAAGGAUCUUGGCAUAGCCUACAUAGGAGAGGUUGUUCACCAUAUUUACUCUGAAAUUAAGGAUGUCUUGAAUCGGAAGGUGGAUUUCUGUGACAAAGUGACUGAAUUUUUCAUCCUUAUCUUGGUAUCAAUCAUAGAACUCCACAGGAAUAAAAACCAUCUCCAUUUGCUGUGGUACAGCUCACAGAAGUGGGUGGAAGUGCUGGUAAAAUGUGCCAUGCUUCCUGCCAGAGUGUUUAAACAAAACAAUGAGAAAGCAGCAGGAACGAGUAAUGUCAAGGUCACAUCAACCACAUUUGUAGCAAUGGCUUCUGCAGCAUGUUCGAGUAUUACUAACUCAGUCCAACAAGCAUGUGUUCAGCUAAUUCGUAGUUUUCUGAAAGAGGGAUGUCAGUCGCAGCAAAGAAAUGUGUUCCAGCAGUUUCUGGACAAACUAAAUCGACAGUUGCGAAGCACCUUUAUCCUAGGCUGGCAGCUAAGUCCCAACGACCAACAGGAAUUACAAUCCUGUUUAACACACUUAGUUAAAAAUACAAAAAAUAAAACCACUGAAAUGAAGCAAAUGGGCACAAUUGGAAGAGGAAGUGGACUGAAGGACCCUCUGAUUAAAUGUGAAAAAGAAGACCCAGGGGACUGGGGAAAAAUGCCUGCAUUUUAUAACAGUGACCCCGGUCCACCAACUCAUUCGAUGUUAAAAUUAGAGUGCAAAAGUUCAGCUAUUCACCAAAGUACACCAAACCAAGAAGAAAUGGCUGAUCUCAAGUCUCUAGAAAAUAGACCUAAAGAUUCAUGUCAAGAAGCAGUUGUCCCAUUUAAGACUGAGUUCACUUUGUGUGACAACAGGACUUUCCUUAAUAAGAUCAACAUUGAUGUUUCUAAUACACAUGCAGAAGAAGAAUUGCCUACAUGUGUGACCAAAAUGGAAACCUCUCCUCCCUUUCUGUCCCAUUCUUUGGAAAAUGUUACAGUGGGUGAUCCACAGAGCAGACCGAGACAGAUUCAAGAACAAGGCAGCGGACCUGCACCCUCCUCUAGUUCUGAUGUGAAUGUUAGCACAAGUUCUCUGCAGAAAAGUAAUUUGCAGACUGAGCCUCUUGAAAUCACUCCUCACAAUGUUCCACGUAAGGAAAAAUGGAAACGGUCUAUGCUAUUAGAGUUUCAGGAAUCUAUGAACGAGAAUUCCACAAAACCUGAAGCUGUCUCUUUCGAAAAAGAUCAACAUGUAAUUUCUCAUGUCCCUUCAACUUCUGAUCACGCAGAAACUGGUUGUGAUCUGACUCAAAAAUCAGUCAGUGCUGGACCGAGUAAGUUUAAAAUUGAUCCAAACAAACUCUUAAAUCUGAAGAUAAAGAUGCAAACACUUAAUCUCAAGAUGAAAGAAACAACAUUUGAGAAGUUACCCAACGCAGGAGCUGACAAUAGGCAAGUAGAUAAGAUGAACAACAGAAACUCAAGCCAGGUUCCUAAUUUCAGCAGAAAUCAGAUCAAAGACGACGAGAGUACUGAAAAUUUGCUCUCUUCCCAAGUUCGAGCAUCUCAGUCAUCUCCAAUUUCUGACAAAAGAACAAAGUCACAAAGUUCUGAUGGUUUAUUAUUUUCUCCUAUCACAGAAUCUAGCAGUGCAUCCAAAUCUCCUGGUCCAUCAAACUCACUUCACCAUUGUCCUAGCAAUAGCAGUGAUAGUGAUGAUGAUGUUCCAUUCGAUAUAUUAAGGCUUAAACUUAAGAGAAGAAUUUCUUUAACUUCCAAAGUAGAUAACGACCUUGAUAAGUCCUCACUAACUACCUCUACUGUAGGUACUAAUUUAUCCAGUGAGCUUCCCACAGAGCUAUGCACAAUCCAAUCACUGAGCAAAAUUGAUAGGAAAGUAAAAGCUUUUCGCCAGGUGCAGUUGCUCAACUCCUUUCAGAAUAAAGAAAAUUGUGAAUCUGACUCAUCUAUGGAUGAGCCUACCAAAGACAAUAAUGCAGAAUUUAUCACUAUUUCUGAUUCAGAAUCGUUAGAAGAAUCUACCAACUCAUUAAUAGCUCCCACAUCUGAAACGGAGAAAAAAGACAAUGCAGCCUCUCUUCAGUGUGUCUCUGAUAUAAUUGAGGAAAAUCAGACUUGUUUGCAAGAAAUGCCCAUGAAUAACAAGUCCCCCUCUGACUUUGAGGAGAAUGAUUCCCAAUUCUUUGAAUUUGAAAGCGAAGAACAGGUAUAUUCUGUUUGGGAAGAUCCUCAGGCACAGCACGAGAAAGCAGAUGACAAAAAAAAGACUGAGCUUGUUGAUGAGUUUCGCGUGCAAUCUGAUGAAGAAAUUAAUGGGAUGCUUAACGAAUGGGGAUAUGAUACAGAUUAUGUAUCUGAUGAAUUAAUUGAAAAGGUUGCUGAGGAGGUAGAAGCAAGUUUGAAGGGAGAGCAGAAACUUAGACAGAGUAGUCUGGACGCUGAAAAGCAAUUAUCACUUAGAGUUUCUUCUCCAAGCAGCUCAACAGCUAAAGGUACAUCGGUUGACAAAAGCAGCGUUCCACACUCUGGGUUCAGAGCUGGUACUACCUCUGACCCUCAAAAUGAGAAAGAAAUCUGCUGUAAAAAUAUGAUUAGUAAUACGAACAGCCACAGAUGUCUAAUUAGGUCUGAUAAAAAUAAACAGACGUCCAAAUCUACAAAGAACGUGCCAGACUGUCAGCUAGAAAACCAGCUAACUGUGAAGAAUAAGGCAGAUAAAGCUAGAUUUAAACGUAAUCUUGGUUCAUCAAAUGCAAGAGCAGGAGAAAAACAAUUAUCCACAGCCACUUUGAGUAAAGAUUCAAGCAAGUCCGCCCUAAAUCAGCAAUCUCACUGCAAUGGCCAAGACCAGAAUUCUAGGUUUGAAAAUGGGCUAAAUAAAAAGUCAGAGGAAAAAGGAUGCCUGAUGUCAUUACUUAAUGUUUCCAAAUAUCCUGCCAGGGAUGUACAAAAGGAAUUUCCUUCAACAUCAGUGAAACACCAUUCUAGCUCGGUUCCAAAGAAAGUGCGUAAGCGUCCUGAACCUACUCCAACUGUUGAAAAACUUGGCCUCAAAAAGAAGAUUCGUAAAGCAUUUGAUCUUUCUCAGGGCAGCCUUGACACCUUGACUGAACUGCGUAACUAUGGUCAAAGAAAGGGGUCUAUUGAGCAUAAACACAGUAAGAAGGCAAAGCUCAUUUCACCACAGAAAUUAACAGUACGUACAAAUCAACGAUUACUGGUUUCUCAGGAUCGCCAGUAUCUAAGACAGUCUAAACUUCAGUUAAACAAUAAUGAGAAGAAAAGGAAAUGUACGUCUACACAUGACGAAAGUGCCUUCCCAAAAAGAUCUCUGUCAACUGAAGGAAGCUCCAACUCUCUCUCUGCUUCUGUACAAAGGAGUCAGAAGCACAAAUCCACUUCAGCGAAAACAGACAAUACUUGUGUUGCAGCUAGUACUCUGGCAGAAAAGGAAUGUAGUAAAACAAUCAACAUGGCUUCAAUUGAGCAAACACUGUCAAGUAUUAAUGCAGUUGAUGACUUGAAUUUAAUACAGCGUGAUCCUUUAGGUAAGGAUGUUAGCACAGAUAAUGGCUUGGAAGAUAAUGAAUUAAUGUUGACACAGAGGGAUCCCAUAGACAUGGAUAUAGAUGAUGACAACACAGAACAGGAGUAUUCCAGAAAAGCACCUUCAAAUGCAAAUGAGACCAGAUGUCAAUACACAGGGUGCUCUGAAACAAUUAUAUCUUCAGAGAAAUUUUGUAAGCGGCAUUCUCUAUCUGACCCCAAAGAUAUCUUUCCCAAGCCAGGAUUACCCCUAUCUAUUCAGAAAAGCUCAAAACCUGCAACUACCAAACCCUUUGCUUCCAGCUCUACCUCGCGCAAUGCUCAGCUUGCUACAGAGAUGCAGAGUGUCCCAAAACGUCCAGGAGGAACAGCUUCCAAAGUUCAGCAAGUUCAAAGACCCUCAAUAGCAAACCUCAUGCCGCUGACAUCAAAACCAACUCCUAUUACAAACACUGUGGAAAGACCUAAUGUUCUUCGAACUCUAAAUAAAGAUCUGAAUUUCAGACCACAGCCAAGUUUUCAAACAUCAGUUCCAGCAUUGCCAAGCAAUGCACCUCUGCCACCUGGGAAAUCCAAGCAAACUUCACCUCGCAUCAACUUGGAUCUGACAGAAUAUCAUUACCGCGACCAAUCUUAUCUUAUCAAUGCUGUCCUUAAAUGGGAAUACCAGAUGUUUGACUCAUUAGAUCAGUUUGGGGUGCCUGAUUCUCUUUGUGAAAUCCCACCACGAGAAGUGCCUGAAAGGUUUCAGUCAUAUGAAGAAUAUUUUCAAACUUUUUACCCAUUACUGAUGUUGAACCUCUUUGAGCAGUUAGCUCAGAAACUGAAGGAAUCCAAGCAGACAAAUAGAAUGAUUCUGAACUUUCUGACUUUGAAGAACUAUCGUGUCGUAGGACAAAUAUACUGUGCAGAAUUUCAAGUUUCGCUACGUGAUCAUGAGAUUGAAAAGCAACUGCACCCUAAGGAGGACGAUGUCGUGUUCCUCUGGCUGCCCCAAAAUCAGAAUUACUACAUGCAAGAAGAGGGAGAAAUAAUGAGUAAUAAUCCAGCCCCCCACAUAAGCCAUAUUUCGAGGAUAUCGCGUUUUUCAACUGGGCGUGAUUCAUUGACAACUCUUCAUCUUUCAAUCCAAACGCGAGGAAAUGUUAGUGCAGUGAAAAACCAGCCAGUGAGGUGUGAUGUAAUUGGUUCCCUUGUGACCACCUUGCGGCAGUUCAAAGGAUUGCUUUUUCUAGCUAAGACGCCUCUGAUUAGGCCGAUUCUUUCGGCCAAUUCUGCAUACUUUAUUCAGAGAGAAUUUGUGGACUGCCCAAAGUUGAACAAUGCUCAUGAUUACAACGAACAUCAGCAGAAAGCGAUUCACGUGGCUUAUGCAAUGACAAAACAACCAAGAAUUCCCAACAUCUGCCUCAUACAGGGGCCUCCUGGAACAGGAAAAUCAAAAACAAUUGUUGGCUUCCUACAUCGUUUGCUCAAUGAGGAACAAGAGAAUGUGAAACCAUCUGACAGCAGGAACAUCAGAACUAAACGAACCAGGAUUCUUGUGUGCGCACCAUCAAAUGCGGCUAUUGACGACCUCAUGAAAAAAAUCAUUGUUGAUUUUAAGUCAAAGUGCAAAGAUAAGAAUAACACAUUAGGAAACUGUGGGGAUGUGAACCUGGUGAGACUGGGCCCUGAGAGAGCUAUCCAUUCAGAUGUACUGAAGUUCAGUUUGGAUUAUCAAGUGAAUCAUAGAAUCAAGAAAGGCCAGUCUGAUGCUGAUCAGGCCAUUCAGAGACGAAAGGAUUGGUUGGACCGGAAGCUAGAUGAACUGGGGAAGAAAUGUGCCAUCAUCAAAAAAGACAAGGAACAGAUUGAAGUUGCGACACGAGAAAAGAGAGAAUUGGAGAAGGAGAGGGAGGAGCUUGGGCGCAAACUGAAAGAGCUUCGAGGACGAACCCAGGACAUACAGCUAAACAUUAUUCUGGAAUCACACAUCAUCUGUUGCACUUUGAGUACCUGUGGGAUUAUGCUUUUGGAGAUGUCAUUCCGAAAACUGGGACAUGAACCAUUUAGUUGUAUUGUCGUGGAUGAGGCUGGGCAGGCAUGUGAAACAGAAAUACUGAUUCCUUUGAUCUAUCGUUGUCCUAAACUUGUUCUUGUUGGAGACCAUGAACAAUUGCCACCAACCAUAAUCUCCAUGAAAGCAAAGGAGUUGCGCUAUGGCCGAUCAAUGAUGUGCCGCUUGCAAAAGUGCCUACAUGAUGAAGUGAAGAGGACUAAUUCUGGAUGGAGCCCAGUGACAAUGCUAUUAACACAGUACAGGAUGCAUCCUGACAUCUGUCUUUUUCCCUCCAAGUACAUUUAUAGAAGUUUGUUGAAGACUGAUGAAAUGGUAGAGAUGCAGCGUUGUUCUCUGACCUGGCCUUUCCAGUCAUACAUGUUGUUUGAUGUGACAGAUGGAUAUGAAUGCCGGGAGAGAGACUCUUACGUCAACACACAAGAAGUAAAAUUGGUAAUGGCUUUGAUCAGUAUGAUUGCAGAGAAACAAAAAGGCAUUUGUCGUAAUAUCGGAAUAAUUACCCCCUAUAAUGCACAGAAACAGAAAAUCAUGAAUCAAAUUGAUCAAGAGUUGAGAACAGCUGGACUUGAACAAGGCAGGUCAGUGCAGGUGGGCACAGUGGAUGGGUUUCAAGGAUGCGAGAAGGACUGCAUCAUUGUUACCUGCGUCAGAGCAGGCAAUUUUCAAGGAUCUAUUGGAUUCUUGGCAGACCGGCAGAGGCUGAAUGUUACAAUUACUCGAGCUCGUCUGAGUCUCUUCAUUCUGGGAAAUCUGAAAACACUCAUGGAGAAUAAAGAUUGGAAAGCUUUGAUUCAGGAUGCACAGAAAAGAGGAGCCAUAGUGAAAACAAGUGAAAGUGAUUAUAAGAAAGAUUGCCAAAAAAUCUUGAAGCCCAGGCCUGCUUUCCAGAGAAAUAUUUCUGAUUCAGAUGCAUUAAUGGCUGAACAGAAACAAGUUCCUGAUCUUGCAUGGAAAAGUUCAUGGAAUGAAACUAGUACGCGUUCAGCAGCUGAUGUCAGCAGUGGACAACUUCCAAAAGCACCGAUUCCUUCUCAAUCAGUAGUUUCAAAGCAUCUUUUGCAUAAUGCUCAAUCAUCUGUUACUGCACAGCCUGAGACAUUAGUUAGGUCAGAGCUGUCUACUCAGGCUAUACCUAGGGAUCCAAGACUGGCCCGAAGAGCUUUGCUUCAGGCGACUCAGCCACGAUUAAAAGUCGGUCAUAGUUUUGCAGAGUCACAUGUAGUUUCUCAUGUAGAUUCCUCUGCAUCUGGUAGUGGGCAUUGGACUAUUCAUUCUUCGCACUUCAGUCAGCCUUCUAGAAAUUUUCUUUCCAGGAUUGGUGAUGAUAAACCUAGUGCUUCCACUCUGACCCAAAGUUUGAGCUUUCCUUCUGGGACUUCUGUAUGUAGAAAUGAUCAGAAUAGACCCUACAGUGUCAACAUUUGUACAGGUUCCUGGAAACAAUUACAAGAUGAAAAGGCAAAAGAAGAUUGGUCUGGAGAGCAGGAACAGAAACACAAAUACAAAGAUUGAGUCAAAAAGUUGCCUCUUAAUAUGUUUGACGUUUUGUUGUCACGCAGAGCUGAUGCACUGUUUCCAACUUACAGAAGCAGCUGUAGCCUUUUUUGGUUUGAUAUAAUGGUGAAUGGUUUGUUUUUGCUGUUAUAUUGAAAGUAAGUUGCACUACUUUUAUUUUCUGUUGAGAGAUUUUCUCCCAUUUUCCGAAAUUUACCUGACUGGGGGAGCAGGCAGGAUACCUGCUUCAGAGACUCUCAAUACUGCUUUCUGUCCAUUUGACUGUAUGCCAUGUGAAUAAGUGCAAAAGGAAAUAGCAAAUGAGGAACUCUGCCAGUACAGAAAAACAAAUUUAUUUGAUAAAGUCCCUGGCUGCUUUCUUUGUGUCUUCUCUGGAUGACAAGAAUCUAGCCAAGAAUCUACAAAAUUAGGAUCUUUUCUACCACUUGCAUUAAAGUACAGUACCACCAUGUGAUGCCAUUCAUCACUCAUGUUUAAACAUCUUUGACAAAUACAUGAUCUAACUUAAUCACAAGGUUUGAAAUGUCACUUGUCCUUAGUAUGGAUCAUGGUAUCUAAAAUCAGUUCCUGAAAUUUUAACCAUGCUUUCCAACUACCUUUAUUUUACAAAUGUCUAAAGUAGUGCAUUUUCCCUGAAUUCUACAGCAUGCACCAAGAUUUUGAAAAGGAAUACUAAGAUAAAAAUUCAUGUUUUGCCCUUUUCACAUACUUUAACAAGGAUAGAUUUUAAAAGUUGUGAGGGUGACAGAAUCACUGUAGUUUAACUCUCAAAACCAUUCAGCUGUGACCCUUAACAAACUUUCUGUACAGAAAUUAUUUCUGGCCAUUGUGUGACUGUCUCAUACUAAAUUUUGUUUGAAAUUGCCUUUCCACUUUGCAUUUUAUUUACAGUAACACAUUAAAUUGUUUUUAAAGAAAAAUAUUAUAAGCAUAAAGGAUGGUGGACCCGUACUGCCUAGAAGACUCCUUAAUUGCUACAAACCGUUUGUACCAAUUAGCUGAUUAGUAUCAGUUUUAGUUCAUAUGGACUGGGUAAUUUGGUUUAGAAUUGUUAGCAAUAUGUAUAUAAUUAUCACAAAGUUCUGUGUCUUAAUUGUAACAGGCCAGUGUCUGUAUGUAAAGUUAAAGAAAAAUCAUAAUGCUUCAUGGAUUUACCCAGUGGGUUUUUUUGGAAAUAUAAUUAAUGUACAGUGGCUGCUUACAUGUACAUUGCAUAUUGUAUAGAUAUUGCUGUAGUCUCCUAUGCUACUGGAAAAGGCUUGUCAUCUGCAAUAUUCCUUCUGAAAGUUCAUAAUGCUGAGUCAGUAUUAUAGGAUGCCAGGCUUGUUGGUUUAGACAAUGAACAAGCCAGAAUUUGAAUUCUUGGACAUUGUAUAAAGGAGAUCUGUGUUUAAGUUUGUAGUUAAGAUCAUUUGUAAUCCCCCACUGCCCUAUGCUUGGAACUCUACUGUCUCACUAGAGUAAUGUAGACACUAAAAUAAGUUGAAUAUUUUCUUUCGUAUGUAAUAAAAAUUGAUUUUUUACAAAAACA